CUUUUCUAGAUGGUCUGUGAUGAGGUGUCCGUUUAUCUAACUAACCAUGCGAGUGGAUCUGAGAAGUUAAGUGAGGUCAUCUCUUUUGAGUCUUCUCUGACUGUCUUCACUCAUCCCAACUCUCCAUCGAGAGAAUUGUCCAUGAAUGCGUCUGAUAUUUCCGAUCUCCCCGAGAAAAGACAAGGGAAAAAAUAUUCUCUGGCGAUCUUCGUGUUUUCUUCCGACACAGGGACAUGGGUGGAGAGGGUCUGGCGGUAACCUCCAUCUCCAGGCCCAAUACUUUUCUAUCGCUUUUUCCCCGCCGUACCUAACUCCCAAGGUGGGCAGCGGGAGUCCUCCCGUACAGUACGAUGACGAUGGAGAUAUACGGCAGCGAUAUACUAGAGUAUAUUUUCUACAGUGGGUCGCUGAUCGUCAGAUUCCCCAGACACGGUCGAUGAGUAAAUGCCGCAUUUUAUGCAUUUCGAAAGGGAAGAAAAAAAAAAAGGAAAUGAAACACGCCAAUAUCCAUUUCCAUGCGGCUUCUGAUUUCCCAGGAACUGCUAGUUAGUUAGUGGCCACUGGCCAGGCUGAUACAGAGGCAUCGGAGUCCCGGCACAACCUCGGGAACCGACAUACAGCCACUGUUUCCUUCUGAUGAUAUCUAUGGCGUGACUCGUUGCGGUCACUGCAAAGGGUUUAAUUUCCUUUUCCCCUUUUUAAUAUUUUUUAAGACUUCGUCAGGCUCGGAGCCAAGCGAAGUGGGCACGCAACGUGUUGUUGGCUGUGGAGAUGUAUCUGAUUCUGUUGAGAAUGGAGAGAUAUAGGAAAUAAUAAGUCAACUGGGAG